GAGAUGGCAGCGGUGAGCGACCCAAGAGGAAGCAUGACUGCUACUUGUGUGGAGGGCCACACUGGACGCGGGAAUGUCCACGGAGGGACGCGCUCAGUGCCAUCGCCAGGGCUGGUGAGGAGUCCAGCCACACGGGGGAGGUCAGCCACAUGGAGAAGUCCGAGCCUGGGGAGGCAGAGGACGUGGCGUUGAUCUCACCCAACUUGCGGCAGAGGCCAGGGGGCAAUGUCGCUAAGCCUGAGGAGUCCAGCCACAAGGGAGAACCCAAGCCUGAGGAGGCCAGGGACGUGGCACAGGACGCGGGCGAACCACGGCAGCAGCAAGACGUGGAUGCGGCGGAGACUUGCGGCAACUUGCGAGAGGGUUCGAGGCACUCGACGCUAGGUGCCUUGACGAGGGCGUCAAGGGCUUUGGUGGGGGAGAGUGUCACGGCACGCGAGUUCGGGGGCCGAAGUCGAGGGCAUCGUGGCACGGAGCUGCAGCCAUGGGCACACAGGGGGUGUGUCCAGCGUCCAAGGGACAUGCCAAGCGGCGUUGCGGAGUGUGAGCGCGAGGAUAGGCGUGAGCACGAGCAUGGACGCCAGCAGAAGCGCAGUCGGAAGCGUGGACGCGGGCAUGCGGGACGCGGGUGUCGGUGUCGCGACACGGGGUUGCGGCUACGACACAUACGCAUACGAGGACGCAGUGGGCCUUGCCAGCGGAGGCGUCGAUACCAGGGCCGAGGCGUGAAGUUGCGGACAGGACGCGUGGGAGCGUGCGUAAGCAGUCGGGGGCGACAUGCGUGGGCAAGCGAAAGUGUCCUGGGCCUAGACACGGGUGCACGCACAGGCAAGCUGGGUCGAGACGCUGGCUCGCAUGGGUGCGAGAUGGCUCGAGGCGCUGGGGCGCGCGAGCGCAGGCACGGGCGCAAGCACAACAUGGGACGCUCAGGAGGCAAGCCCUGCAUAAGGUGGCCGUGUCAAUGCCAUGGCCGUGGCAUGGGGUCGCGGUCGAGACAUGCAGGGGCGUGCAGGAGUGGCCGAGAGCGUCCACAGAACAGGUCAUGCGCGCGGUCGAGACACGGGCGCGCAAGCACGGGAGUGAGCGGCCCAGAAUGUCCUAGAAGCUGUUGGAGCGCGCAGGAGUGGCCCAGAAGUCUCUGGAAGCUACAGGACGCGCGCAGGAACAGUACCCGCGCAGGAACAGUGCCAGACAAGGGGUCUGGAAUGGGCUUAAUGGGGCAAGCCCAACCUGGGGUUUCUCCUGGGCCUUGUAGAUAAUUCUAGAAUAGAGGA